UCCCCUCCCACACAUGCUGAAAGCCCAGCCUUGCCUGUGGCCGGGCAAGCGCUCGGGGCACUUAUCUGGCGGCCAAACGUCAUGACCAGGCUUCGCUCGCCGAGCGCUUCCACUCCCCCCUGUGUGUCUGCUAUCGACGCAGCUGCAGACAGGAUACGGGAGGAGACGGGGCUUCACACGCAUGCCGAGAGGCGGAAACUUGAGUGGGCGGCCGACAAGCAGCUGGGGGGCACCGUCAUCCUGGUGCUGUACCUGACAUUUGCCAUGAAGCUGCGCAGCCUGCUGACGCCGCCGCCCUCGCCGGCCGUCGCCGCGUCGCUGCUCGCCUACUGCGCCGCCUGCUUGGCCACCAUCGCGUGGCGACGGAGCGGCUGGACCACCAGCUACAUGCGCUGGCGCGAAGGGCUGGCCACCCUGCUGCGCCUCACCGCCUGCGGCCUGGGUGCCUGGACUGUGCUCACCGGCCGGCUGCUGGAGGCGGUGCCGCCCACGGCGGCGGCAGGGGCGGCGGCCCACCUCGCGCUCAUCGUGUUUGCCUGCGGGGGCCCAUCCUGUAUCAGCCACGCCCUUGCCUGGCGCAUGCGGUUCUGGCUGAGCGCGGCCACUCAGACCUUCCUUGUUGGGACCAUUCUGCGGCACCACCCCACCUUCUGCUCCGUGCCUGCGCUGGCCAGCCCCGCUGCGCAGGCGCACACCCACCGCCUCUACUCGCUGCUCAGCACGCUGGCCUACACCCUGCCGCUGCCGGUGUCGGCGUUUGUGCAGCCCGACCCAGAAGCCGAGUGCCAGACCGUGCUGGGCUUCCUGCACAUCGCCAUCGGCCUGCUGGCACCGCUGGUGUGCGAGGCGCUGGCCGAGGCGCGCCUGUUCCGCCAGCAGCAGCGGCGCCGGCGGGCGCUGGGGCUGCCCGCGGAGCGCGGCAUCGAUGCCUCCAUCUUCGGCGCCGUUGGCUUCCUGGCCGACGAGGGCAGCGGGCUCUUUGUGGCGGCCAUCGUGUGGGUGCUGCUGGCGGUGACGUGGGACUGGCUCGCCCUCUUCUCCAUCCCUGCGGAGCAGCGCGCCUGGCAGGGUGCACGCGGCUGA